UUUCGCUGCACAAAGGCCGCGGGGUUCGCCUAGAUCGGAUCGGUGUGGAGCGCAGGGUACCGCCUGACCCCGUCGCGCAGUCCAACCACAACCAGGGUGGGCUACCGCCGCCCUAGGCCAGAUGCCGAGGCCUUCGUCGGUCGGUCUCUCCGGCGGCGACGAGCACCCUCCACCAGGGCACAAGACCCUCCCGUAGUUGGCUGUAUAAAUUCAAGGCUGCAUCCACAGAUUGGUUGGAUUCGUGAACACAGAGGAGUGUGAGAUCACAAUUGCACUUGUUUGUUAGGUCGCGCCGCAGUCGGGAUGUCUAAUAAGCGCCGGGAACAGGAUGGCCAAAACCCGCGCGUCGCCGGCGGCGGUGACAAGAAGCCGAGGCGUGGUCGGGAGCACCUCUAUCUCCUCUUGGAUGACUGGGACAAGGGGUUCAGCAUCCACAAGAUCGACGCCGACAGCUUUGACACUACCACCAACGACGGCCUGCAGAGCGGGGUCGCCGGGCACCUCCCGGAACCUCCGGCCCUGCGGUUAGAGUCACCGGCUGGCCACGUGCCCCGCAAUGGCAUGUCCUUCGCCGCCCUAGGCACCAAGAUCUUCGCCUUCAUGACCCAGCGCUGCGGCCUCGUCUACGACUCCGACACGGCCGUCUUGGCCAUCGGCGCUCAUGCCCCUCCAAAAAUGCUAUGUGGCUUCGGUGUCACUGUGGCCAUUGGUGAGGUGAUCUACGCGUUGACAUAUCGCUUCUUCGAGGGCCAGCACUCGUUCGAAGCCAUGUCAUGGGAGCAUCCCACGGAGGGCUGGUCUUGGAAGACUCUGCCACCCCCGCCGUCAGCAUUCCGCAGCCGCGUUAACUCUUAUGUGCUGCACCCGGACGGAUGCACCAUCUUCAUGACCACGGCGAAUAAUGGCUGCUUGGGCACCUACUCAUUCAACACCAAGGAUUCUGCGUGGAGGUGGCAUGGCGAGUGGGCGUUGCCAUUCGUUGGCCAAGCUCACUUUGACGGCGAGACCAACUCGUGGGUUGGCCUUCGCUGGGAUGGCUACAUUUGUUCCUGCAAAGUUGUCUCCCCUGACUGCCUCAACACUGCUCCGGAUUGGCAGAUGACAAAGGAGAAGUUAUUCCACAAGGACCGGCAGAGGCACAUGAGGGCCUCUCUCACCUCUAUGGGCACAAACAGAUUCUGCCUUGUCCAAUGUGUGAAACGUGAGGAAGUGGGGGAGGGUCCAGCCUUGGGAGACCAUGAUGGUUGUGUUCUCCAUUUGACCAUAUUUGGCCUCAAGUACAAUCACAAGGGAGAGCUUCAAACCACAGAUCACCACCAGUCCACACGCUCCUUUAUAGUGUCUAGGUAUAGGGAUCACUUUGCUCCUAUUGCAUUCUGGAUGUAGAAGCUCUUUGGUUUGUUGCGAUAUGUUGUGCCUCCUGAAUCCUCUGCUUCAUUGUCACUGGUUCUUGUCAUGCAUUGUCUUGUGAGCUACAUAAAGAAAUCAAUAAAUACUUUUUUCCCCGCUGGGAAGUUGUGCUACUGGAUUUAUAUUUAUUUAUUUAUGAUGAUAUGA